GGACUCCGGCCAGGCUUCAUUAGGCGUCACAGGGAGGCAGCGCCGUGACUCACUGCCUGCGUCGAGGGACCAAUGGGCAGCCUCAGCUCUCCGAUAUAAAUAACGAAUAAAAGACAUUCUUGAGAGAGGACCGGGUGGAGGGCGGGUCAACGUGCGCUCGCAGCUGGAUUGGAUUCUUUCAGCGCGCUCCCUCGUCAAUGGACUGCUUCUUGUCGCGCAUAUUCUUUAGUUAGUGCGUGGAGUCGAUAACCUGUGCCGGUGAAUUAUCCCCCAGCUUUGGACACCAGAUACCAGGAGAAGCGAUGGCGACGUCCGAACCCAGAGCCACCGGGGAGGAGCAGGACCCCAACGCGGCUAAUUUACGACCCCCGACUGGAACCUACGAGUAUGCGUGGAUGCACGGAUGCACACGGAAACUGGGGAUGAAGAUUUGCGGCUUCCUGCAGAAGAACAACAGCCUGGAAGAGAGAGGGAGGCUCGCGGGCCAGAAGAACCUGCUCUCGUGCGACAACAGUGACAGAGACUCGCGCUACCGCCGCACAGAGACGGACUUCUCCAACCUGUUCGCCCGAGACCUUCUGCCAGCCAAAAAUGGAGAGGAGCCCACCAUACAGUUUUUGCUGGAGGUUGUUGAAAUCCUCACAAACUACAUCAAGAAAACCUUUGACCGCUCCACCAAGGUGCUGGAUUUCCACCACCCUCACCAGCUGCUGGAGGGCAUGGAGGGUUUCAACCUGGAGCUGUCUGACCAGCCGGAGUCCCUGGAGCAGAUCCUGGUGGACUGCAGGGAUACGCUGAAAUACGGCAUCCGGACAGGCCACCCACGGUUCUUCAAUCAGUUAUCUUCUGGUUUGGACAUCAUCGGCCUCGCCGGAGAGUGGCUCACUUCCACGGCGAACACCAACAUGUUUACCUACGAGAUUGCUCCAGUGUUCGUGUUGAUGGAGCAGCUGACUCUGAAGAAGAUGAGAGAGAUGAUUGGCUGGCCAGGCGGAGAAGGAGACGGCCUCUUUUCACCAGGGGGCGCUAUCUCCAACAUGUACAGCGUGAUGAUGGCUCGCUACAAGUACUUUCCUGAGGUCAAGACUAAGGGCAUGUCUGCUGCUCCCCGCCUCGUCCUUUUCACAUCUGAACACAGCCACUACUCUAUAAAGAAGGCCGGAGCCGCUCUUGGUUUUGGGACCGACAACGUUAUCCUGCUGAGUACUGACGAAAGAGGGAGAGUCAUACCUGCAGACCUAGAGGCUAAAAUCAUUGCUGCGAAACAAAAGGGUUACGUGCCAUUGUUUGUGAAUGCCACAGCCGGUUCCACUGUCUAUGGCGCAUUUGAUCCCAUCAACGAAAUUGCUGACAUCUGUGAGAAGUACAACCUGUGGCUUCAUGUUGAUGGUGCCUGGGGCGGCGGACUGCUGAUGUCUAGGAAGCAUCGUCAUAAACUAAAUGGAGUUGAGAGGGCCAACUCUGUCACUUGGAACCCCCACAAGAUGAUGGGUGUCCCUUUACAGUGUUCUGCCAUCCUAGUCAGAGAGAAGGGAAUCCUCGCAGGCUGUAACUCCAUGUGCGCCGGUUACCUUUUCCAACCAGACAAACAGUACGACGUCACCUACGAUACAGGCGACAAGGCCAUCCAGUGUGGACGGCACGUUGACAUCUUUAAGUUCUGGCUCAUGUGGAAAGCCAAGGGCACAAUUGGCUUCGAGCAGCACAUCGACAAAUGUUUGGACCUGUCUCAGUACCUGUACAACAAGAUCAAGAACCGGGAAGGAUUUCAGAUGGUUUUUGAUGGCGUGCCUCAGCACACAAACGUCUGCUUCUGGUACAUCCCACCCAGCCUGAGAGGGAUGCCCGACAGCAAUGAGUGGCGAGAAAAGCUCCACAGGGUUGCUCCAAAGAUCAAGGCCAUGAUGAUGGAGUCGGGGACCACAAUGGUGGGCUACCAACCCCAGGGCAAUAAAGUCAACUUUUUCCGCAUGGUUGUCUCCAAUGCUGCUGCCACCCAGUCUGACAUCGACUUCCUGAUUGAUGAGAUUGAGAGGAUGGGUCAAGACCUGUAGUUCUCUCUGCUAUUCAGACAGCAAACUGUGGGGGUGUUUUUGCCUCGAGCCUAACAAGCAAAAAUACCAAUCACGUGAACCAUCAACAGUGCUGCAGAACGAUAAAUGGUAGAGUCUGGUUUUGGUUUCUUUUUAUUCAGUAGUAAUUUACCCGAGGCAUUCUAAAUGUUUCAGCAACUGAAGAGAAACAAGUUCACAUAGUAGACUAAAUAUAUAACCUGUGUUUGACAUCUCCAGGUACAGAAAGCGUAGGAUUUUUCUGUGAUGUGGAGACUUUUAAUAUUUUAACGUAAAUGUAACAAUAAGGCUCUCAUUCAGAGACAUUUGUCUUUUCAAGCUAUAUGUGUGAGUGAGUGUGUGUGAAGAUUGUAAAUUACAAAAAUGGGGGGAAAAAGCACAUAAAAAUAUACAGAAGUAUCACUGAAUAGUUUUUGCUUUAUCACACAUUUGCUACUCAUAAUUGACUCAUGGAUGCUCUAUGAUAUAUAUCUCUCUAUAUAUAGAGCUUAUAUUUAUUUUGUAUGCACCAGCCUAUUGGUCCUGAAUCAUCGUCCUGAACUCCUAAGGCGCCGUGUGUCUUUUUGCUCAUUUAAUGCUAACAGGCGAUGCUAACACACGCGCUGCUAAAAGCAUUUUACAGCCUCUGUAAAUAGAGCUACAGUCUGCAAAGUCUUCCCUCGUGACGAUAAGCUCUUGUGACGACCUUUGUUUCAUUUAGCGCUGGCUCGUAUUUGUUCCCGGUACUCAGGCAACGCCAACAAGCGAGUUUAAACAUUGAUAGUGAGUCACUAUUUGCGCGUCUAAGAACAUAUUUAUUUAGCUUCCAGCAUUUGCAGAUUCAUUUAUUUCAAUGUGGCGUUGUCUUUCUCUGCAUUACGUUGUAAUACGUUUGUAAAAGUGCUCAGCAGAAUAAAGUUUAUUUAUAGUGACGUUGUCUGCCAAAGAAAGAGACCCAGGACCAGAGCAAUCCAUUUGUUUUGUGUGAAACUUCUUCUAGAUGUUUGUAAAAAAAAAAAGAAAAAAAAAAGUUAUUUAUUGAGGCGUGAUGAAAUUUCUAUUAUUUGUUGAUUUCUGUGAAUGAGUCUUUGGCCUGAAUGUUCUGAGAUUAAGAAUGAAUCUAUAUAAUCCUCUGGCUGUUGUGCCAGGCCUAUUUUAGCAAGAAGCACAAGGAUGUGAGAAUGUACUCUCCUCUGGAGACUGCGAAGAAAGUUAUGCAUCUGACUGAACCCGAAUGCAUUUACCGUUGUAUAGUGGAUUCACUGUAAUACAUAUUACUGUUAUUCUCAGUGUUACAGGGGCCAAGUGGAAUAUCUUGUCUGACGGUUGCCGUUUCUGUCUUUGCACAAUCUUCACCUUUCUUUCUUCCAUUGUAAAUGGAUGUGUGUUAUAUAAGAUAUAUGUUAACAUAUUUAUGGUAAUUAGGGACCAUAUGUGAACAGCACAAUUGCAUAUGUAAUACUGUUAUCUGUGUACUGGAUGUUAUCAAUGACUGUGACUAGUCUGAAUUUUAAUGAAGCCAACAGCAACGGAACUGCUCCCUUAGGGUUUUCAGAAGGCACUUUAACACAAAUCAUACUGUUAUGGAAAAAUAUAUUGAAUAAAGUCUAUUAAAUGGGGAAAAAAUA